AUGACAAGCGAAAAGCCAGAGCUGAAGGCGCUAGAGCUUUCGUACAUAACCACCAAGCUGCACUGCUUCAAGCAAAACCCAGACCGACCAAAAGCGGCUAACCGCAGGUUUAAAACGGGCAAGCAGCUCAUGGCCGACGAGCUCCGGUAUCUCCAGAGCAAGAAACUAGGAAUCGACACGCCCACAUUCUUGCUGAUUUCGGCGCCGCCGAGUCUCCGGCCCAAGAAACACUACUGUGAUAUCACGGGUCUCGAGGGCAAAUACCGGGCGCCGCUGAGCCAGCUCCGGUUCCACAAUGUCGAGAUAUAUCAAGAGGUGAUCCGGCACAUGUCCCCCGGGUUUGACCAGGAAUACUUGAGUUUGAGGGGUGCCAAUGUGGUGUUGAAGUGA